ACUAACCCAGUCCUGAGUUCAAAUUAACAAACAGCUCAUAGGCACAGCCCAAAAAGAUUACAUUUCAAAGCAGGGUAUAUGCCUAUAUGGUGCCCACCAUGAGAUAAAUUUAUUCUUGAAGUAGAGAGAUACUCAAAUUUAUUCUUGAAGUGGAGAGAUAUUCAAACAAACAGUUCAUAGGCACAGCCAAAUCAGCUUCACUGAGUCCACUCAGAACUGAGUUCAAAUCAACUCAAGACCCUCAACCCAACAAAAAAAGGUCAUCUUCAUUCAACAGCAAUAACAAAGCUCAAUAGUCCAUAUCCCCCAAAAAGAACUAGAAAACCCCUAGAAAAAAUGGAGGAACAACCCCUCCAAAACCACCUUCACUACUGGGGAAACACCCCAGAAGAAGAAUACUACAGUCUCCAAGGCAUCAAAUCCAUCAAGUCCUUCUACACCUCACCCAGAGGCCAAUCCCUCUUCACCAGGUCUUGGCAGCCACUGACAGACCCGCCACGUGGCAUCAUCUGCAUGGUCCACGGCUACGGCAACGACAUCAGCUGGACAUUCCAAGCCACCCCAAUCUUCCUCGCCCAAAAUGGGUUCGCCUGCUUUGCCCUAGACCUCCAAGGCCAUGGCCGAUCACAAGGCCUCAAGGCCUUCGUCCCAAACGUCGACCUCGUCGUCGACGACUGUCUCUCCUUCUUCAAUUUCAUCAUUACCCAAAACCCCCAAUUCCAAAACCUACCCGUGUUCCUAUUCGGCGAGUCAAUGGGCGGCGCAAUCUGCCUCCUCAUCCAUUUCCGAAACCCUAAGUUGUUCAACGGCGCGAUUCUGAUCGCACCCAUGUGCAGAAUCUCCGAAAAAGUCAGACCCAGAUGGCCGAUUCCUGAAAUUCUCACAUUCGCGGCCAGAUUCGUACCCACUUGGCCGGUCGUCCCCACCGCCGAUCUACUCGAUAAAUCUGUGAAAGUCCCGGAGAAGAAGAUCAUUGCGGUGAUGAAUCCAAUGAGGUAUAUAGGAAAACCUAGAUUGGGUACUGUACUCGAGCUUUUGCGAGUGACGGAUUUCGUGUCUCAUCAACUGAGCGAGGUGGGUCUUCCUUUCAUCGUCCUCCAUGGUAGUGCCGAUGUUGUUACCGAUCCGAAUGUGAGCAGAGAAUUGUAUGAGGAAGCGAAGAGUGAAGACAAGAGUAUAAAGAUCUAUGAUGGUAUGAUGCAUUCUUUGUUAUUCGGAGAGACGGAUGAGAAUGUUGAAGUUGUUCGGAGAGAUAUACUUUCGUGGUUGAACGAUCGGUGCUGAGGAAGAAGAAACUGAAUCGAAUUUAAAGAGGGAAAUGAAGUGCUUGAUGGAGUCUACUACUCUAGUCCCAUGUGCAGAACAAAGUGGAAGCAACAAAGACAAUUUUGGGUAUGCAGUGGAUAGACAAUAGUGUCAUUCAUGUUUUGGCAUUCAAAUAGUCUGAAAGAGCCCUAAAAUUUUAAGGGUUUGGAAAUGGGCAAUAAUAACUCAAUUUAGUGCAUAAUUGAGUUAGUUUAGUGCAUAAUUGGUUUGUUUAAGUAA